GCAGGAGCCGGUGAAGCCGGAGGAGGGCCGGGACAUGGCCAACCGCAUCUGUGCCUUCGGCUACAUGGAGUGCUCUGCCAAAUCCAAGGACGGCGUGCGGGAGGUGUUCGAGAUGGCAACCAGGGCGGCGCUGCAGGCGCGCAAGGGCAAGAAGAGCAGCAAAUGCCUGCUGGUGUGACGGAGAUCGACUUCCUGUCAGUGUUUACCGCUUGUGUUCGUCUCAGACUGUCUGCAAAUCAAAUAUGCAAAGAGCCCAUCAGGACCAGACUCUGCAGCACCCUGAGGCGCUCCUCUGUCCCGCACAGGACACCCGUUUACUAUCAUUGCGUAUUAAAACCUUGAUAAGACA